AUGAAAACAUUCCCAACAACUCUAGUAGGCCUCAAUGUACUGGUUAACCUCAGUUUGUCUAGUGGCACCGGCCUUAACUUCUACUUGUCAAUGUCCCUUCACUUGCCGUUCCUCAGCUUAGUGCAGGUACGCUGCUUGCAUUUUAUAUUCGUGUUAAGCAAGCGGGAGCAGAUGGUUUUCAUCAAUGCGGAGGUGCUUAGCUACUUUUUCACGCAGCCGGUCAAGUAUCACUCCGUCAGUUAG